AUGCUACACAUCACACAGCAACUCGUCCAAACUGUCGCAUGGCUCCACACCACCGCUAAAAUCGCCCACAACGACAUUUUCAGCGGAAACAUCAUGCUCGACAUCUCCCGCUGCAACUUUUCUAGUAAUCCCGUCAUCCUACCCUCCCUCGGUUCCAGCGACACACUAUGCGCAAUAGAUCGUUCGUCCAUGUAUGAAUUCCUCUACUCACUCGGUGAAAUAAGCGGAUUAUUUACCUCCUGCACCAUAUUACAGGACGCAACGGAGUUCUGGGGCGAAUUGAUGCAGAUGCUUGUUGAGAAUGAGUUGGACCGCGGUCUGCGUACUUGUACGAUGGGGUUUGGAGAGUUUUGCGCAAGGUUUGAGGGGGAGAUGGUGAGACAAGUAGAAAGUGGGGUGGGUGCGGAGAGGGAGAGGGCGAAGGAGUUAGUUGAGCGCGUUGUGGCGAUGAGGGAGGUUGAGUUUCCUGGGGAGGAGUGGGUGAGGGAGGUUUUGGCGCGGGAUAGGGAUUUAAAAUAG